CUGGCAGGCGGGCAGCAGAGAGGCCGGCUGUAACUGCUGAGGGGCUUGGCGGGGGCUUCCGCACCCGGCUUGCGGGAGGUCUCCGGGUUUGCUCCGAACCCAGCUCCUGGGACGUAUCAGGGUUUCAUCGAUUGGGGUAGUAAUUCCUCCCCCGGAGGUCAGCUGUGAAGGGCGUGCGAGUGAACGUUUGUUCGCUACCGUCAGUUGAGUCCACCAGCCCUGGGUAGCGGUGUACCUGCGCGGCGUGUACUUGGGCGGCUCUGAAGGCGGGGGAACGCGGAUCCCUUUGAGAAUCCGAUGACAACAGAACAUUUACCUUUCUUCGUCGGGCCAGAGAUGCCUCUCUUUGGGAAUACGUUCAGUCCAAAGAAGACCCCCCCUCGGAAGUCCGCUUCUCUCUCCAACCUGCAUUUGGAUCGAUCAACCCGGGAGGUGGAGCUGGGCCUCGACUAUGGAACCCCCAGUAUGAACCUGGCGGGGCAAAGCCUGAAGUUUGAAAAUGGCCAGUGGAUAGCAGAAACAGGAAUUAGUGGCGGUGUGGACCGGAGGGAGGCUCAGCGCCUGCGGAGGCGAAACCAGCAGCUGGAGGAAGAGAACAAUCUCCUGCGGCUGAAAGUGGACAUCCUUCUGGACAUGCUCUCUGAGACCACUGCCGAAUCCCACUUAAUGGAGAAGGAACUGGAUGAACUGAAGAGUGUCGGCCGGAGGAGGAAAUGAAGACCCCAAAGACAUUCAUUAGGAGGACAGGGAGAAAUUCUUAUCAGAGGAAUAGGAUAGAGCUGAGGGCUUUUUUUAGCCAAUCUAUUGGAUUAGGUCCUGGGAGAGAGUCUCAUAUAAUGGGGCCAAAAGGCAGUGGCACCCUUGAGUUGGCAAUAGGAAGGUGACAACAUAAUGGAGAAACCAGGAUCCCAGGCCAGGGCAGUAAGUAGCAAUGUACUCUGGCUGCACGGCACUGAGAGGCCAGCCUGUCAGCCAGGCCUCAGCGAGGUCUGGGGUGAUGGUAAGACUUUGGGUGCUCCCCAGUCACUUAACCUACAAACGCACCUGUCCCAGGCUCACCCUCAUUGGGUGGACACUGUUGGGAGAAGCAGCUGGAGUUCAUCCUACCAUCCCCGCACAUUGGUGUUUGGGGUGUGGCACAGCUUUAAAGAGCCCUGUGUGAGGGGGUAUCAGAUGGGCAGUUCUCCUGGUUCUCUGCCCCUCGUGCCCCUCUCUCUGCCCUUUCAAGAGCACGUGUUCCCCAGACCCACAGCCUCCUCUGGCCUCCCCUUCAGCAGCAAGCCCCAGCCCUCCACGCAACACUAUAUUUUUGUGCUUUUUCUCUGUUUACACUACUUUUUAAAAAUUAAAUGAUGUUAUAGAACCUC